AUGGGCGAGGAGUACGCGCGCUCCCCGUGCGAGCGCUUCCCGGCGGUGGGCGCGUUCAGCGUGGCGCCGCCGGAGCGGCUCAGCCCGCCGCCGCCCGCGCCGCUGCCGGACCGCUUCUCGGCGUCCCCGCGACGGGUGCGGCGCGGCGAGGCGGAGCGCCGGCGGCCGCGCUACGUGCCGCCCGCGGCGCACGUGCCCGUGGAGCGCUACGUGCCGCGGCCGCCCGCGCCGCAGCGCGCGCCCGCCUACUGCGGCCUGGCGUGCCGCCCGCCCGCGCGCAAGUGCUGCGACCUGGCCGCCUCGCCGCCGCCGGCCCGCUAUGUGGAGUACGUGGGCGCCGCGGCCGCGCGCCGCCUGGCCUGCACGCCGCCGCCGCCGCCGCCUCCAGCUCUGCAGCUGCCCUGCGAGCCGCAGGAGCCACCCUGUUGUAUACAAGCCCGCCGCCGGACCCAGCCUCCGCAUGAUUGG